UAUGGCGACUACUUCUCACAUGUUAUAGACUACUGGCAAUUGUCUCGUCUGUGUCCACAACACGUCUUAUUUGUCACCUUCGAGGAGAUUAAACUCGAAACUCAUGCAAUGACUAAACUGAUCGCAGACUUCCUAAACAUGGGAGACGUGUUAACCCCCGAAGACAUAUCCAUCAUAUCUGCCACAAACAUAUCCCAGAAA